AUUUGGGACCACCAUACGUAAAAGGUGGAACAUCAUAUGUGACCUAACCCUAAUCCACUAUUUUGAUUUCAUAUCAUUGCUAGAAUAGUUUUCUUUUGAUCCUUUUCUUAAACGAUAUCAAAGGUAGCUUCAGUUUAUUUCUGAAUCUAACAAGUUUGUUUUUGCUUUGAAGGUGGAAUGACCAAGAAAAAAAGUUAAAAGAUGAACUAACAAACCAUAUGAUUAGGUUGUUCGGAAAUGACACAUUUGACAAAAUCAAGGUCCUUGAAAAAGAAGGCACAUAUCUCAAGUAUGUAAGGGUCCAAUACAUGACACAUUUAGACAAGAACGCAAAGUACGAGCGUCCCCCCAUGAUUCCAAAGAGGGAGUGGAAGGACCUGAUUUUGGAUGUGAAGGAGAGAAUUGAAAGGAAAAAAGGAAAUACACCACCAGAUGCCAAAAAAAGGCUGAGUGACAUGUCAAAGGAAAUCAAGGCAAGACAAGAAAAGCACGGGCAACACAAACUCGGCUCUCGUGGUUAUAUGAAACUUGUCGCACGAAUUGUAAGAAUCGGGCUCUGAAUUCAAUAGAGCGCUCACAAAAGAUGACAAGAGAAUUGCCUACCAGCAAGGCUAUACAGCCAUGGUUGAAUGACUACGAGAAUUGAGUGGGCAAACAUGAGAUUCUGAUGCAUCUGUC